AUGAAUGAAGUGAAUGAAGUGAAUGAAGCGAAUGAAGUGAAUGAAGUGAAUGAAGCGAAUGAAGCGAAUGAAGUGAAUGAAGUGUUCGGGAGCGCGGACGCGGCGAGCGCGCCGCCCAAGGCCAAGAAGGGCUGGGGCGAGCGCCUGCGGCUGGGUCGCGCGCGCGUGGGGGCGGCGGAGCGCGUGGGCGGCGGCGGGGCGGGGCGGGUCGCUCGCGCGGCGGGGUCCGUGUCCGUGGCCAGCGGCAGCACGCUGCGCAGAGCAUGCGGUACGCGGACGCGUGGGUGUACGGGUCGCUGGCGGUGCGGCGGCGCGCCGCCCCGCGCCGCCGCCGAGCCGCGCUGCUGGUGUACGCCCCGCCCGCGCCCGCCGCGCCGUCCCGGCCCCGCCCCGGCCUGUGCGGCUGCCCCGACUUCGCCGUGGGGUCCGUGCGCGGCGGACGGGCCGCCGGCGUCGCUGUGCAAGGCUGGUGGCGGCGGCGCGCGCGCGCUCUGGGCGGCCGGCGGCGGAGGCACCGUGCGCGCAGGCGGCACGAAUUGCAGCCGCAGCGCAACCCCUCCUCCGUGUGCGCAGGUGCGCGCGCUGGCGCCGAGCGGCACCUACCGCUCCCACGCCGUGCGUUCGCGGCCGGCGCUGCCGCCCACGCUGCGCAAGGCCGUCACGCCCGACCCCUACGACGCCGUGCGGCGCCGCCGCCUGGGCCCCGCGCCCUGCGACGCCCUCGACGCCCUCGACGCCGCCCUCGCCGCCCCCGCCCCCGCGCCUCUGCGCUCGCGCGCGCGCAGCACCUCCCCGGCGCGCGGACACCGCUGGGACGCCCUGGCCCUCGCCGCCUCCGCCUCCGCCGCCGCCGCCAAGCGAAAGAGCAUCCUCGAGUGCGAGUGCUUGCUUCUGCCAUCCGUGCAGGUGACGGCAUACGAGCUGAUCGCCAAGUACCUGCGCGCGGGGCCCGACGCCGAGGCGUCGCCGCAGCGGCCGGGGCCAGGUACGGGGGCGGGGCCGGCGCCGCGCAGCGCCCCCUUCGACUCCGUCAGCGACGACGACCUGCUCGACGACGACCUCAGCGACGAGCUGAGCGACAACGCGCUGGAGAACGCGCCCCUCCGCCGCCGCGUCGCCUCCCCCUCCCCCUCUCCUUCGCCGACGCCGUCGAGCACCGCGCCGCUGCGCAGCAGAGUGCCCGUCGCGGUGAGCCGUCCGGCGACGCCUUCGGCGCCCAUCUCCAUCGGCGGCCAGACCAUCCGGCUGUUCGGCGGGCCGGCCGGCACGCCCGCCCUGCGCGACUCGGGGCUCGGCGGCGGCUUCAUAUUUGAAACUCGAUGUUUUGGGUCUUAUUAA